AUGACAGGGAUUGAGACAUUUGGAGAGGACGUCGACUUCAUCCAGAAAGCGAGCCUCAAGAUGCACCUAUCAAAUGAUGCCGUGCUGAGGCUUCGAGCCCAGAUUGCCUCCCUCGAAGGCACACUAGCAGACCUGAAAACACAACUCCAAGACGCUGAAGCCUACUACAACCAGAUCACAUCUGCCAAAGCUGACGCCAAUGGCCACUCGCAGACUCAGCCUAUCUCGUCCUACCCAGUUCCCUCAGUCAACUACAACGAGAAGACUUUUGAGAGUCUUGUCGAACAAUUAAAGUUGCCUCAAGAAGACAAAUGGGGUCGGAGCUGGGAGUUAACGUCGGAAGAGCACAAGAGGUAUGGAAGGCAGCUGAUAAUACCCGAGAUUGGUCUGACAGGACAACUACGACUUAAAAAUGCCUCGGUCUUGAUCGUCGGUGUGGGAGGUCUAGGAUGUCCAGCCGCCACAUACCUUGCGGGUGCCGGAGUGGGAAAGAUCGGCCUCAUCGACGGUGAUACGGUGGAGCUUUCCAACCUUCACCGUCAGCUACUACAUACCGAGAAGUGGCUUGGUCUGGGGAAGGUGGACAGCGCUGUAGAAAAUUUGAUGGCGCGGAACCCGGAGAUUAAGUACAUUACUCACUACUACUACUUGGAUCAGAAGUUAGCCGUUGAGACCAUGCGAAAGUACGAUCUCAUCCUUGACUGUACAGACCGUCCUAGUACCCGAUACCUCGUAUCAGACGCAGCCGUGCUAGCGGGAAAGCCUAUGGUCACAGCGUCUGCUUUACGUACGGAUGGACAGCUCAUGGUUCUCAACAACCCUCCAAAAGGACACGACCACCCAGGCGGCUUCUGCUACCGCUGUGUGUUUCCAAAGUCUCCGCCAGCGGAGACGGUCUUGUCGUGCGGCGAAGGUGGUAUACUGGGUCCUGUUGUUGGAGUUAUGGGUGUUCUUAUGGCUAUGGAGGCUCUCAAAAUUCUUUCGCCUUUACCUCAAGAGAAUGAAUACCAAUAUCCGACGGAAGCGUCAAACGACACUGUUCCUCCAUCACUACUGCUAUACUCCGCCUACAGUAAUCCUCCUUUCAGAAGCAUCAAAUUGCGAGGGAAGAGAAAGGGAUGUCCUAGCUGCUCGGACACAGCAACUAUCACCGAAGAAUCAUUAGGGUCUGCAUCUUUGGAUUACGACGCUUUCUGCGCAUCGAGGUCUCCGGCAGCGCCGAUCAGCGCAAAUAGGAUAUCUGCCAAGGAAUACAGCGAGAUCAGGAAAGCCACCGGAAGUCCCCACAUUCUCGUCGACGUGAGAGAGAAAGUCCAGUUCGACAUCUGCCACCUCAAGGGAAGCAUGAACCUCCCUUACUCAGAGAUCAGCCGAAAUCCAGAGGCGAGUAUCGACAAGUUGGACGACACCAUCACUAGCGACCCCAACAUCGCCGACGGCGUAUCAUUAUACCUCAUCUGUCGGUACGGGAAUGAUUCGCAGCUGGCGGCGAACAAGUUCAAGGACCUAUCACGGUCUCGGCCUGAUGCCAAAUACGAUCUUAUGGGAGAUAUAUCAGGUGGACUGCGAGCGUGGAGGCAGUCGGUCGAUCCCAAUUUUCCGGAGUAUUAG